AUGCCACGUGAUGAAUUGAAGGUCAUUCAUGAUAAGGAAGGAAUAGAUAGUGAAUAUUGGUUAAGUGAUAAAUUUAAAACUGAUGAUGAUAAUACACAAAAUUUGAAAAAUCAAAAAUUUCUUCCGCAGAAUGAUGAUUAUGAAAUAAAAAUUGUUCACCAUGAAUCUUUUCCUGAAUAUCAAGUUAGAUAUAAGGAACCAAAAAUUUGUGAUCCAUCAUAUUCUGGAUACCUCGACGUUGAAGAAACUAAACAUUUCUUUUUCUGGUUCUUCGAAUCAAGAAGUAACCCUGAAACCGACCCAAUCGUUCUUUGGCUUAAUGGUGGACCUGGAUGUUCUUCUUUGACUGGAUUAUACUUCGAACUUGGUCCUUGUUCGAUUAAUGAAGAUGGAGCUAGUACCACUUUUAAUCCUUAUUCAUGGAAUUCCAAUUCUAGCAUUAUUUUCUUGGAUCAACCUUUAAAUGUCGGAUAUUCUUAUGGUUCAGGCGCGACAAAUUCUUUUACCGCCGCUGUUGACGUUUAUGCAUUCCUUCAACUCUUUUUCAAAGAAUUUCCUAAAUACGCCGAAUUAGAUUUUCAUAUUGCUGGCGAAUCAUAUGCUGGACACUAUAUUCCGGCCAUGGCCACAGAAAUUCAUGAAAACAAUAAAAAUAUUUCAAGUGUUUCUUCUUAUUCAUGGAUUCGAAAUACCAAACUCAAGAAUUUAAAAUAUAUUAAUCUUGACUCAAUUUUAAUCGGAAAUGGUUUAGUUGAUCCAUUAAUUCAAUAUAAAUAUUAUCCUGAUAUGGCUUGCAAUUCAUCAUAUCCUCCUGUGGUAGAUGAUAGAACUUGUGAUAAAAUGAGAAAUGCUUAUCCUAGAUGUGCUAAAUUAAUUACAAAUUGUUAUAAUUCUCCCAAUGUAUUCACUUGUUAUCCGCCUUUCGUUUAUUGUAAUAGAGAGAUAGUUUCCCCGUAUAUGAAUACUGGAAGAAAUCCUUAUGAUGUUAGAAAAGAUUGUGAUGGUGGUGGUUUAUGUUAUCCAAUUUUAGAUGCGAUUGAAAAAUAUUCUAAUCUGAUGGACGUGAAGCUAGAAUUAGGUGCCGAUCCACAAAUCAAAUAUGAGAGUUGUAAUAUGGAUGUCAACACUAAAUUCUCAUUUUCUGGAGAUUGGAUGCGUCCUUUUCAACGAUUAAUUCCACCACUUUUGGAAGAUAACAUUCGUGUUUUGAUUUAUAAUGGAGAUGCCGACUUUGUUUGUAACUGGAUCGGUAGCUUCGCAUGGGUAAAAGAAUUACCAUGGAGUGGUAAGCCUGGAUUUAAUUUAGUUGAAACAAAACCAUGGAAAACACGUGGGAAAAAUUCUUUUAAUGCUGGAGAGAUUACAAGUUUUGAACAGUUUACAUUUUUGAGAAUUUUUGAAGCCGGGCAUAUGGUUCCUUAUGAUCAACCUUAUGCUGGUUUGGAUUUCUUCAAUUCAUGGUUGACGAAGAAAUUAUCUUAA